UGACAUUCCCCUCAAUUUCAGGCGCCGAGUCCGUCGCACGUAAAGCGACUCUUCCAGACUGCACGCUGAUGAAGAGAUUUGAAAAUGAAAGGUCUAUCGUUUUUUACACUCAUAGCGUUGCUAUGGCAAUGCAGCCGAGCGCAGCAAAGGGGUCUGUUCCCAGCGGUGCUGAACCUGGCCUCUAUGGCAGAUAUCAGCACCAACGCUACCUGUGGAGAGACAGGACCAGAGAUGUACUGCAAACUGGUGGAGCACGUCCCCGGACAGCAAGUCAGGAAUACCCAGUGCCGUAUCUGUAACGACAACAGCGAGAGGCAAUUUGAGCGUCACCCGAUUGAAUAUGCCAUCGAUGGAACUAACAGAUGGUGGCAGAGCCCCAGCAUUAAGAACGGCAUGGACUACCAUUACGUCACAGUCACUCUGGACUUACAGCAGGUGUUCCAGAUAGCCUAUAUGAUUCUGAAGGCUGCCAACUCCCCCAGGCCAGGUAACUGGGUGCUGGAGCGUUCCCUGGAUGGGGUGACCUUUACCCCCUGGCAGUACUAUGCCAUCACAGACACAGAGUGCCUCACUCGCUUCAACAUCCUUCCCCGCACCGGACCGCCAUCCUACACACGCGACGACGAGGUCAUCUGCACCUCUUUCUACUCCAAAAUCCAACCCCUGGAGAAUGGAGAGAUCCACACCUCUCUGAUCAAUGGAAGGCCGAGCGCUGAUGACCCCUCCCCGACUUUACUGAACUUCACCUCCGCACGCUACAUCCGCCUGCAGUUCCAGCGAAUCAGAACCCUCAACGCUGACCUCAUGACCCUGGCCUUCAACGACCCCCGCGAUGUUGACCCCAUCGUGACCCGGCGGUAUUACUACUCUAUCAAAGACAUCUCAGUUGGAGGGAUGUGUAUCUGCUAUGGCCAUGCUAAAGCCUGUCCUCUGAACAACCAGACCAAGAAAUUCAGCUGUGAGUGUGAACACAACACGUGCGGGGAGAGCUGUGACCGCUGUUGCCCCGGAUACAACCAGAAACCCUGGAUGGCUGGGACCUUCCUCACUCGCCACGUCUGUGAGAAGUGUAACUGCCAUGGGAAAUCUGAGGAGUGUUACUUCAACCAGACAGUGGCAGGCAACAAACAGAGCCUGAACUCCCAGGGGGAGUACGUGGGGGGAGGGGUGUGUGUAGGGUGCACCAGGAACACAGCCGGAGUCAACUGCCAGACCUGUGCUGAUAGCUACUACAGAGCCACUGGGUUGAGUCCAGAGGAAUCCGACCCGUGUCAGCCCUGCUCCUGUGACCCAGAAGGUUCUCUGUCCCCAGCAUGCGUUCCAGACCAGUCCCAGGCUGAAGGAGACCUCACGGCUGGAUCCUGCCACUGUAAGCAGGGUUACGGGGGACAGCAGUGUGACAGGUGUACCUUUGGCUACAGCGGCUACCCCAAAUGUAUCCGCUGUAACUGCAGUCUAGACGGAAGCCGAAACAAGGAUCCGUGCCUGCUGCCCUGUGUCUGCAAGGAAAACGUAGAGGGGGAGAACUGCGACCGCUGCAAACUGGGUUUCUAUCAUCUCCUGGGCGAGCGUCUCCACGGCUGUGAGAAGUGCUACUGUUCCGGCGUGGCGAGUGACUGCUCCGAUUCCCACUGGACAUACCAUAAUGAGACAUCCAUGGCCGGCUGGUCCCUCACAGCAGAGGAUGGGGAGGGGAAGGUGUGGCCCGCCGCCAGCAGAGACAGAGACAGGUCCCAGACACUCAGGAUCGAUAACCAGGAAGCCAGGAGACACCUUCCUGCUAUCUACUACUGGAGCGCACCUGGAGAGUACCUGGGAAACAAGCUCCCAGCCUAUGGAGGAAGUCUUGUCUAUACAGUCUCAUAUGAUGCAGGGGAGAAAGACCAGGACAUCAGGGUUAACUCUUCUCCUAAUGUCAUAAUAGAGGGCGGCGGGAUAAAAAUGAUUGACAGUCGGUUCGGUCUGCCGGUGUACCCUUUCUCGGAAAGCACAAAGAGAACUCUGCUCUACCCUGACCACUUUGAGAAUCAGGAGACAGGCCUGCCUGUCAGCAAGAGAGAUUUCAUGAUGGCUCUAACUAAUGUGAGCAGCCUCCUCAUCAGAGCCUCACACAGCAAUGAGCGGGUCGCCAUCUACAGGCUACAUUCUGUCAGUCUGGAGGUGGCCAGUGAGUUCCCCAGCAGUGAGAAGAUGGCCAAUGCUGUGGAGAUGUGUCAAUGUCCCCCUGGAUACGGUGGAACGUCUUGUGAGAUGUGUUCAUCGGGUCAUCGAAGGGUCAACAGCACCCUGUUCAAAGGAGUGUGUGAACCAUGCGACUGCCAAGGCCAUGCCACAAACUGUGAUGACAUCACUGGACAAUGCUUGGGCUGCACUGACCACACCACUGGAUUCCACUGUGAUGAAUGUAUCCCUGGUUUCUAUGGGGACGCUACCAAGGGAACAGCCAAUGACUGCCUGCCCUGCGCCUGCCCCCUCAAUAUCCCGUCCAACAAUUUCAGCCCCACGUGCCAUGUGGACCCGCGAGGGGAGCUGAUAUGUGACCGAUGCCAGCCGGGGCACACCGGACCACGCUGUGACAGGUGCUCGAAUGGCUACUUUGGUCAGCCGACGGUUAAGGGAGGCUCGUGCCAGCUCUGCCAGUGUAACGGUAACCUGGACCUGGCCUCACCGCGGAGCUGCGACCCCAUCACCGGCUCCUGUCUGAGGUGUCGGGAUGGCUACGGGGGAACCACCUGCGACACCUGCGCCGAGGGGUUCUACGGGGACGCCAUCAAGGCCAAAAACUGCCAACAUUGCCAGUGUCACAACAAUGGCUCUGUGUCGGAGGUCUGCCACCAGGAGAAUGGGCAAUGCCCAUGCAAGCAGCAUGUGGUGGGACGGCAGUGUGACGAGUGCAUGCCCAAUUGUUGGUGGGAUGCAGAGGAGCAGGUGUGUAAGCCGUGCUCCUGCAGCCGUACAGGGGCCAUGUCCCAGCGCUGCGACCUUGAGGGACGUUGUAUCUGUAAGCCCGGCUUCGUGGGCCAUCGCUGCGACCUGGGUCGCCAGGGUUACGAGCGUCGGGAGACGCGCAGGCCAAUAGAGAGGGUCCGGCUGCAGCAGGUCCAGCGCUGGGGCUCGUCCCGCUCUGGGGGCUGUCCCAGGGCAGCCUACCGCACCUCAGCGCCCCAGACUUACGGCAUUCAGUCCGCUGGAGUCUGUGCCCCCUGCAACUGUAACUCCUUUGGGUCCAAGUCCUUUGACUGUGACGAGUCGGGCCAGUGCCGGUGCCAGCCUGGUGUCACUGGGCCCAAGUGUGACCGAUGCGCUCCGGGACACUUCAACUUCCAGGAGGGUGGCUGCGCACCGUGCCAGUGCACCCAUGUGGGGAAUAAUUGCGACGCCAACACAGGACAGUGCGUCUGCCCUCCCAACACCGUGGGGGAGAGAUGUGACAAAUGUGCCCCCAAUCACUGGGGUCAUGAUAUCAUGGCGGGCUGCAAGGCCUGUGGCUGUAACCAGGUGGGCUCAGUGACGCAGCAGUGUAACCCCAACACCGGCUGCUGCAUGUGCCGGGACCAGUUCCAGGGAGAGAAGUGCAGCGAGUGUAAACUGGGCUACCGGGACUUCCCACAAUGCAUUUCCUGCAAAUGCAACGUGGCAGGUUCAGACAGCCAGACUUGUGAUGCAGACCAGGAGGUGUGCGCCUGUGCAGACAGGACUGGACAAUGCAGCUGCAAGGUGAAUAUACAGGGUCUGAAGUGUGACCAGUGUAAGUCGAGGACUUUCGGCCUGAGCACAAGCAACCCACUAGGCUGCAGUCAGUGUUACUGCUUUGGUAUGUCCAGCACCUGUACUGAGGCACAGGGCCUCAUCCGCAUGUGGCUGUCCCUGAAACCAGAGCAGACCAAGCUGCCCCUAGUGGACAAAGCCAACCUGCAAGAGACCACAAGCGGAGUGACCUUCCAGCACCCAGAGAUCAUCGCUAAUGCUGAUCUGGUCACCCAGAAGCUGACCGAACUCUACUACUGGAGACUGCCUGAACAAUUCCAUGGUUCCAUGAUCACAGCCUACGGCGGCAAGCUGAAGUACGCCAUCUACUUUGAGGGGCGUGACGAGACAGGCCGCACCUCCUACGAACCCCAGGUCAUCAUAAAGGGAGGACCCAACAGAGACAAGGUGAUGGUCCGCCACAUGCAGGGACUGCAGAUUGGACAACUCACCCGGCACGAGAUCGACAUGACAGAGCACGAGUGGAAGUACGAAGACAAGAAGGCCAUGACACGCGAGGACUUCAUGGACGUGCUGUUUUAUGUUGACUACGUCCUCAUCAAGGCUUCCCAUGGGAACAUGAUGAGACACAGCAGGAUCUCUGAGAUUUCUAUGGAGGUGGCAGAGGAGGGAAGGCCGUCCGUGGAGAGUGAGCGGGCUCACCAGAUAGAGAAAUGUGACUGCCCCCUGGGCUACUCCGGCCUGUCCUGUGAGGAAUGUGGGGCCGGGUUUUACCGCCUGUCUGCCCGCAGCGGUGGCGCAGCCUCCAGAGCAGGCAUCGGGAGCUGUGCGCAGUGCCAGUGCAACAGGCACAGUGAGGCCUGUGACCCAGAGACAUCCAUCUGCCAGAACUGCCAGCACGACACAGAGGGGGACAGGUGUGAACGCUGUGCCCCAGGAUACUAUGGUGUAGUGAGGGGCAGACCUGACGACUGCAAGCCCUGUGCCUGCCCCCUCACCAACCAUGAGAACAAUUUCAGCCCUACCUGUGUAACAGAGGGAUUCAACGACUACCACUGUACUGCCUGCCCUGAGGGCUAUGAGGGAAAGUACUGUGAGAGAUGUGCCACGGGUUACCAUGGCGACCCCCGUGCCCCCGGCGGGAAGUGUGAGGAGUGUAAGUGUGACCCGUACGGGGCGUGGCCCCAACCGUGUGACCCCCGCUCAGGCCAGUGCCACUGCCGGCCCGGGGCCACUGGACGCACCUGCAGCCAGUGCAUGGAGAGGCAUGUGUGUGGGCCCUCUGGGAUUGUGUCCUGUGAUGAUGACUGUGCCGGGCUCCUCAUCAGAGAUAUGGAUAGACUGCAUCGUAUCAUCACCAGUGUCAACCUCACCACACCUCUGCCACCGCCCUACAAAGUCCUCUACCGGUUUGAGAACAUGACGCAGGAACUCAAGCACAUGCUCUCGCCACAGAAUUCGCCGGAGAGGCGCCUGCAGCUGGCCGACAGUAACCUGGGCAGCCUGGUGACAGAGAUGGACGAUCUGCUGAGUCGGGCGACCAAAGUGUCGGCAGACGGCGAGCAAACAGGUGACGAUGCUAAUAGAAUCCACAAACGAGCCGAAGACCUGGAACUUUUCGUCAAGAACACCCUACUGGCUGCAGAAGUUCUGAAGGUCAAGGCUAAAGAGCUGAAUGAGACUCUGGGCAGGAGGAACGGAGCUCCAGAGAAGAGCCUAAACGAGAUGCACCAGGAGAUCGAGACCAUGUUAGCCGAGCUCCGCAAACGCCAGCUGGGAGGCAAGAAGCACAUCUCAGAGGAGGAGCUGGGACUGGCGGAGGCCCUGUACCAGAAGGUGAAGCGUCUCUUCGGGGACCCCCACCAGGCCACGGAGGACCUGAAGGCAGAGGUGACAGAGAAGAUGGGUGACCACCGGGCCAAGCUGGAUGACGCCCAGGCCCUGAUGAAGGACGCCCAGGGAAAGAGCAGGGAGGCUGGGGCCUUGUCCGGACAGAACCAGCGGAACCUCACCACCCUGGAAAGGAAGAGGGAUGCUGUGAGCUCAGUGAAGAAAGGAACUGAAGACGUGCUGGCAGACGGAGAGCGCAUUCUGGCUGAAGCUAAUGGUCUCUCAGACAGCAUCAAUAAGGAGAUUGAGGAUCUGGAGGAGAUGGAGCAUGAGCUGGGUCCUCUCCAUGAGCAGCUGGACUACAGGGUGAGCCGUCUGACCCAGGGCCUGAGUGGCAACACCCUGACUGACCUGCUGCAGGACGCUGAGAACCACGCUGCUGAGCUCAACGAGUCCUCAAACAUACUGGACCGCAUCCUGGCGGAAGCCAAGAACCUGUCCUUUAAUGCCACGGCAGCAUUCAACGCGUACAGCAACAUCAAGGACUUCAUCGAGGAGGCUGACAAGGAGGCAAAGCAGGCCAGGGCACGUGGGACAGAGGCCCUUCAGCUGGCAUCAGGACCCAAAGGCUCUUUGAAGGAUAACGCCAAGAACUCUGUUCGGAAGAGCGCUCAACUGUGGAACGAAGCCAAGCAGUUAGAGAACGAUGUGAAAGAGAACGCUGAGAGUGUGGGCAGUCUCCAGGCCAGGGUGAAAGCUGGCGGCUUUAAGAACAAGGGCUUGCUCAAGGAUCUGGACGAUACGCUACGGAAGCUGAAUGCAAUCCCCAAUGAUACCGCAGCCAAGCUCCAGGCCACCAAGGCCAAGGCAGGAGAUGCCAACGACACAGCCAACGAUGUUCUGGCCAGACUGAGAGACAUGAACCUGAGCCUGAUGGGCCUGAAGAAGAACUACAGCAAGCUGGAGGAUGACGUCAACAAGGCCAACAACAUGAUCCAGGACCCUGAAAAAAACACAAUAAUCCAUGCAGCGGGGGCCAAGGUGAAAGACCUGGAGGACGAGGCAGACCGACUGCUGGAUAAGCUGAAGCCCAUCAAGGAGUUGCAGGACAACUUGAAGAGGAACAUCUCUCAGAUUAAAGAGUUGAUCAACCAGGCGCGCAAGCAGGCCAACUCUAUUAAAGUGUCCGUGUCCUCCGGGGGAGACUGUAUCCGUGCUUAUCGGCCAGAAAUCAAGAAAGGUCGUUACAACACCAUCACUGUGAAUGUGAAAACCACCUCCCCUGACAACCUACUCUUCUACCUGGGCAGUGCCAAAUACAUUGACUUCCUGGCCAUUGAGAUGCGCAAGGGCAAGGUCAACUUCCUGUGGGACGUGGGCUCUGGAGUGGGCAAGGUUGAGUACCCUGACAUGACUAUCAACGACGGCAACUGGCAUCGCAUCGAGGCCUCACGGAAUGGUAUCAAUGGCACUAUCUCUGUCCAUGCACUGGAGGGUCCCAAAGCUGGCAUCAUGCCCACCUCUAAGAGUGGCACUUCUCCUGAGGGCUAUACUAUCCUGGAUGUGGACCAGAAUGCCUACCUGUUUGUCGGUGGCAUGUUGGGCAGUGUGAAGAAAGCGGACGCGGUCAAAACUACUACUUUCUCCGGGUGUAUGGGAGAGACAUACCUGGACAACAAACCUAUUGGCCUGUGGAACUACAGAGACAGAGAAGGAGACUGCAAAGGAUGUGUGGUUAGCCCCCAGCCGUCAGACACAGAGGGGACGGUACAGUUUGAUGGGGAGGGCUAUGCUGCUGUGAGCCGGCCCACCAGAUGGAACCCCAACGUCUCCACCGUCAUGUUCAAGUUCCGCUCCUUCUCCACCGACUCCCUGCUCAUGUACUUCGCCACCAAGGAUACGAAGGACUUCAUGAGUGCUGAGUUGAGUGAUGGUCUAGUGAAGGUGAGUUUUGACCUGGGCUCAGGCACCGGCUCGGUGCUCAGUAUCAAGAGACACAACGACGGCAGGUGGAAGUCCUUCACUAUGGCCCGCAUGAAGAAGCAAGCCACGGUGACCAUCGUGGACAUAGACACCAAUGAAGAGGAGAAGCUGGUGGUAUCAUCCCAAGGCUCUGCCACCGGGCUCAACCUCAAGGAGGAGGAGAGGAUUUACUUCGGGGGUUUGCCAACCAUUGGAAACUACAGUAUCAAGUCAAGGUCAGAGGUUACCAAGAAGAGGUAUGCUGGCUGUAUGAGAGACAUUGAGGUUUCCAGAACACCCUAUAACCUGCUGAGCAGCUCCGACUACACCGGCCUGACCAAAGGCUGCGCUGUGGAGAACCUCCACACAGUGAGCUUCUCCAAACCAGGUCACAUGGAGCUGAGGUCCAUGUCCUUCGACGUCGGCACAGAGAUCAGCCUGUCCUUCGCAACCAAGAGCGAUAAGGGGAUCAUCCUGUUUGGCAGUGGGAGCACCAAUGGAGCCAGUUCCCAGUUCCAACUCCCCAAGAGGAGACGCAGGCAGUCUGGGGAACCCUUCCUGGCCGUGUUGCUGAACAAGGGUUCCCUGGAGGUGUUGGUGUUCACAGGCAGCCACAGCCCACGCAGGGUGGUCCGCAAGCCUGACCAGGGCAUCCUGCACGACGGGAGAGAACACACACUGCGCAUCGAGAGACUGGGCGGCAGGUCGUUUGCCGUCCAGGUGGACGAGGAGCUGAAGAGGGAGCAGGCCCUUCCCAACGACCAACCCAUGGGCAUCAAGAGACUGUUCAUCGGGGGUAUCCCCCCUGAUGUAGAGCUCAGCUCCCAGAGACCCAACGACCCCUUCGAAGGCUGCAUCUGGAACCUCAUGAUCAAUACUAUCCUCACAGACUUCUCCCAGCCCGUGGCUUUUAAGAACGCAGAAAUCGGCCAGUGUCCCGACCUGGCUCCUCCCCCUCCCCCGCUGCCCCUCCCAGAAGAAGAGGAGGAGGGGACCAAGGGAGAAGACGUGUCCCAGCCGCUCCAACCUGAGGCUCCUGCUGUACCACCACCCACCCCGACACCCAGACAGAGCCCUCCACCUCCCACUGACCCGCCCCCUGUCGUACCUCCAGAGCUCAGCCCCGCCACAGAGGAACCUGACCACGGUGCUGUCACAGCCCCACCGCUUUCCUGUGCUGCCGAGGCAUCUCCAGUGGUCUUAGAGAAAGCCAAACAGUUUGGGCUCUCCAAAAACAGCCAUGUUGCAUUUGAAUUCGAUGACACCAAGGUUAAGAACAGACUGAUCAUAGAGUUUGAGCUGCGGACCACAGCAGAGUCCGGCCUGGUGUUCUACAUGGCGAGGAUCAACCACGCCGACUUCGCCACCGUCCAGGUGAAGGAGGGCAUGGCCCACCUCGGCUACGACCUGGGCCACGGCAACACCUCGGUCAGCGUCCCACGCAUCAUCAACGACGGACACUGGCACAAGAUCCGGGUGAUGAGAGAGAAACAGAGAGGUAUACUGGUGAUAGACAGCCGCUACUCCAAGCAGACCACCAGCCCCAAGAAGGCUGACAUCCUGGAUGUGGUUGGCAUGCUGUACAUAGGUGGCCUGCCCGUCAACUACACCACCAAGAGGAUCGGACCAGUCUUGUACAGUAUCAAUGGCUGCAUCAGGAAUUUCAAGAUGCUGGGUAAUGUGUUGGACAUGGACGCGCCCACCUCCAGCCACCACGUGGGCAGCUGUUUCAUCAGCACUGAGAAGGGAACCUACUUUGAUGGCUCUGGAUAUGUCAAAGCAGUGGGUUCCUACAGGGUGGGUCUAGACGUGUCUCUGGAGCUGGAGUUCCGUACGUCCCAGAGCAACGGGGUUCUGCUGGCGGUCAGCAGCCAGGUGGACACCAAGAUGGAGGGCCUGGGCAUCGAACUGCACAAUGGAAAGCUGCUGUUCCACGUGGACAACGGAGCUGGCCGGAUCACAGCGGAGUACCAGCCUGAAGUAGAGGCAGGCCUCUGUGACGGUCAGUGGCACUCGGUCACAGCCCACAAGCUUCGCCACAGGCUGGAGAUCAUAGUGGACGGCAGGAAGGAGGAAGCAGAGAGCCCCAACGCCAGGUCCAACACCGCUGACACCAACGACCCCAUCUACGUCGGUGGAUACCCAGAGGGGCUCAAGCAGUUUGGCCUGACUUCCAGCACUUCAUUCAAAGGCUGCAUGCGCAACCUGAAGAUAACCAAGGCAUCCAAGGUGUUGGAGGUUCAAUUCAACAAGGGCCUGGAGUUCAAGGGGGUUCAACCCCUCACUUGCCCAGCCAAUGCAGCCUAAACACGGACUACCAAAGCCUGUCACUGCCUGAAGCACAGCAGCAGCACCAAAACACAUGGGAAACACAAUUUACCGGACUGUAACCUCUCCCUCAUGCUAAAUCAGAUGGCCUACCAGCUUUAUACCCAGAGUUUGGAUAGCUUUUUUAGAGUGUGAAGUAUCUCAACCCCCUCCAAAGUGAGUGGAACCUGUAGGAUGACAUAGUAUACAACCGUGAUUCAUUUAGAGAACUAUGGAUCACCUUCUGUUCUCCUGUAUGGCUUAAGCCCCCUGUCUGUCUAAACUACAUGGUGAUUUAGCAUACCGUAUGCAUGGUGUGGUGGGAAUUUGUACUGUUUAACAACAGGCAGCAUUUUCAAAUAUAUGCUUUGAAGGAUUUCAAAUCAUUUUCCUGUCUUUUAUUACAAUGUCAAACCAUGACUUUUAACUUACACUCGGGAUCUUGAGGAUUGCCACAUGUUGUCAUCUGAUUCAUUUCCCAUAGAUUCAUUUAGCAACAUUUCAGCCUUAGUCUGCCGCUCUGCCUAACCAUCUAGAAACAGAGGAACACUUACUAUCAAUCUGGUACACACACACAUUUUAUUAUAAAUUAUUUUACAGUAGGCUAUGUCUAUUAUCUUUGCAGAAAACAGUGAACUGGACUCAAAUGGGAAGAAUUGUGAAAAUAAAAUGCUAAGCAACAGA